GUAUUUUAUAUGUCAUUUUAGGAAUUUGAUAAAAAUUUAUUUGCUGACAGGUAUAAUAAUCUCAAUGGUCAUAUAGUCGGCGAACUUGUAAAACUGUAAGAUUGUAGAGCGUGGUAAUGUCGGUAUGUAAAAAUUUGAUGCACACACGUUACACGCAAAUCUGUUUGCAGCGAUUGAUUCCGGUUAAACUAAUUAUAUUUGUUGUAACGACCGAAGCAAUUUUCCGCGAAUCUACCGAUCUCUGGGAAUUCUAAAUAGUUAUGUUGAUGCCUGGAAAAAUAAUAGAAACAUUCAUCGUAAUGUAUUAUUAUAUUAAGCGAUGUGUUUUCUUCAUACGCCUUUGCUUAAACUAAUGAUAUGAGGUCGACACGAUUAAAACCAAAGUGCGGUGAGAGGGGACCAUCACCUAGCCAGUAGCGUGGUCGCGGUUGAGGAUAACGCAGCGUGGUCAGACUUGCGUUUAAAAUCUGCGACGGUAUUUCAAUGAUUGGAUACUUGACGGUAAUGGUAUUCACAAUAAAAUCAUUCCAAUGAUACGUACUGCAAUUCAUAGUGCAGAAACAGUGAUAGAAAUAACCGUAAGCGGCGCGAUAUUCAGUCUUCAAUGAAACACCCGGUGGAAUAGAUUAGGAUCUACAGAUUAACGAAUAGUGGUUGCUAUGGGUUUCGAUUCUGAUGACGAUUUUGUGUAUAGGUGUGAAUUGCACUCGAGGAGAAGUUACGCUUCGACGUUGAUCUGAAACACUCACGCCUCGUCUUUAUGACGAUGAUGCCAAAUGAUCGUAGUUGAUUGAAGUCCAGUUGAAGGAUGUGUGAUAUUUAUACAGACAGCGUUAUGUUGAUGUGAGAUUUUUUGUGCGAAUCUUCAGCUUGGAAUCCCUACUUCGUUCGACAAAUCCGUCAACUUUAUAAGGAAGGAAUUGCGAGUACAUUUUGAUUCGCCUUCACCGUUCAACAUUCACUUUUAAAACAAACUCGCAACAAUGGACUUCGACGAAGUCCUCGAAGAACUUGGAGAACUUGGGAGGUUCCAGUUGACAAAUUAUAUUUUGGUUUGUUUGCCGGUAUUUUUCAGUGCUGCUAAUAGCCUCUCAUACGUGUUUGUUGCUGGAACGCCAGAUUACAGAUGCCGUAUAGAGGGAUGCGAUGAUCGUAUUUCACCGGACUAUUCAGCAUCCUGGGUGAACCGUGCAAUUCCUGACUUGGAAUACGAGACGGGUACGGCCAAUUCUAAAUAUGUUCCAAGCCAUUGUAGCAUGUACCUCCACGAUAACGCGACCGUCGGUGAAGGAGCUUUUGCAAAUAACGACACCUGCCCGUUGAACUUUUCCACGGAAUCCAUUGUGCAGUGCACCGAAUGGGUUUUUGAUUCGAGGGACUGGACCAUCGUAGGGGAGUGGAAUCUCACGUGUAAUUCCAAUCUAUGGAAACUUUCACUAAUCGGAACGAUACACUUUGCUGGCAUAUUUUGCGGCUCCAUGUUCUUCGGAACGCUUGCGGAUAGGUAUGGCAGAAAACUAAUGUUUAUAGUAAGCAUAAUGCUGAUGACUGCAGCGGGUAUUGGACAAGUGGUGUCAAAUAGCUACGACAUGUUCGCAGUUUUUGUCUACCUAAACGCAGUUGGAACUGCUGGAAUAUAUCCCCUUGCUUUUAUAAUCGGAGUUGAGCUGGUAGGAAGGCGGAAACGAGAACUUUGUGGAAUUGUUCUGAAUUAUUUCUACGCUGUGGGCGAGGCGUUCGUGGCCCUUAUUGCUUGGUGGUUCGGCAGCUGGAGAAUGCUACAGUUGGCGGUGUCUGCACCUGCAGCCAUUUUUUUGUGUUACUACUGGUUCAUACCAGAAUCUGUGCGGUGGUUGCUUGCCAGAAGUGAAAACCGCAAAGCGAAGGACAUUGUCACCAAAGCUGCUAGGGCUAACAAAGUUGUGCUGUCAUCGAGGAUUCUAGAAUCCAUGGAGAAUGCUACAAACGAGGACGAUCAUGAUUCGAAGAAGCCACCGAUGCGGCAGAUGUUGGCUAUGGCCUUGAGUUCCAAAGUUCUGGUUUCACGGACUGUGAUAAUGUUUUACGUUUGGGCAGCCACAGCGUUCGUCUACUAUGGAUUGUCGGUGAACAGCACAAGCCUUUCCGGAGAUAAAUACUGGAAUUUUGCGCUGGUUUGUCUCAUUGAAAUUCCUGGAUGCAUGAUGGCGUUGUUCAUUCUUCCCCGUUUCGGUCGACGGAUAAGCCUCGUGGGGACUUUGAUGAUUUGCUCCAUAACGUGCGGGGCGGGAGCUGUAAUACCCACCUCCGUAUACUGGGCAGCGAUUUUACUGUUCUUGGUCGGCAAAUUGGCAAUUACCGCGUCGUUUGCCGUUCUGUAUGUGUAUACUGCGGAACUUUUCCCAACUGCUAUCCGGAGUUGCGUGGUUGGUUGCAGUUCGACGAUGUCUAGGGUGGGUGCCAUGAUCGCUCCUUUUGCCCCACUGCUGGGAACAGUAUUCCCAGAGUUACCGUUUAUCUGUUUUGCGGCUGCUCCUUUUCUCGCUGCUAUCCUAGCUAUAUUCUUAUUUCCUGAAACUAAGGGGAGGAGACUACCUGAAACUGUCAAGGAAGCUGAGGCUAUAUGACUAACAGUGAAUUAUCAAGGAUACGAAAUGGUUGGCGUAUCAAAGGUUUUACAGGAUGAAGUUUAAUUUAAUUUACUUAGUAAAAAUCGGAUAAACAGGGAGGUCAGAAUAUUUUUACGAGAUGGCAUAUUUGUACAUUAAUAUUUAGUUCUUUUAAUUUAUAUUAUAAUGUGAUGAUUGUUUCGUUGUAACAUUGUGAAAUAUACUGUACAUACUAGCAUA